AUGAUGAUUGCUGGCCGGGGAAAGACCCUUGCAGUUCUUUGGUUUGUCGCCUCUUUCUUUGCUGAAGGUAAUGCUUCACACCUGAGAUCACACGAAUAUCUUCAUGCAUCCCGGCAUCUGAGGCAGCGCAAUGAGAACGUUAACCCGACUUUUUCUGGGGUAUUCAUGUUCCUAGCGGGGUCCCUGUCCUACAUGAACCUGAUGCCGGAUUGUGAGAAUGCCCUGUACCAGGAGGCCAACUGUGACGAUGCUGUUUUAUCGCUGAUGACCGAUGGGUGUGUAAGCAGCUUUGAUAACUCCACGCUAACGACCUUGGCGUGCGACGCGGGCUGUGAAGCUGCCUUUGCGAAGCUACAUAAUACUGUUUUGACCAACUGGGGUAAAAUGACCGAAUUGGUUCCUGGUCUUCCAAUCAUAGGUCUGUCCUGCUUUUCUGAUCCCAAUACUGGGAAAAUUGCAAUGGCUGACGCCUACACAGAUAUAUACGAUGAUAACUGGCAAUCAACGUAUAAAUAUGUGGCUCAAACCUGUAACAUCUCAGUCAGCAAUUUCGAUUCUACACCGAGUGCGUUCAAUGUAACUGUGCCAUCCUCCACGUCGGAUUGUGUAUCUGAAAAUAUAUAUACAACCAAGGAGAGCGACACGUGGGAUUCCAUUGCGUUAGCACAAAGUAUAUCCGCAGCCACGAUGUUCCAUAUUAACCCUAAUAAUCAAUCUCUGCCUUCCGCAGAAUGCGACAAUGUCUAUGUCGUGCAGCCGGAGGACACGUGCAUUGAUAUUGCUGUUAAUGUCGGAAUCCGCACGCAAAACCUCACAGACUACAACUCUCAGCUGACCUGGAACUGCUCAAACCUGCACGCACUCAACCCCUACUGGGGUACGACUCUGUGCGUAUCUGCCCCUGGAGGGACAUACACGGGCCAUACACCAAACACAUCAACAUUUACCGGAUCUGAAAUUGUCAACCCACCCGCUAGCGCCAAGGUGAUCCCUGGCACCACGAUAGACUGUAGGGCGAGGUAUAUAAACAAUACAGGCCUCACCUACACUCAAAUCUGUCUUACAAAUCAGAUUGCCAUCAACCUCUUCACGGAGGCAAAUCCCUCGCUCAACAAGACGACCUGCGAUAAAGACCUGGUCCAAGGGAAUGCUUACUGUGUUAAUCUACUGGAUGGUUGGAACUGGGGAUCCGGGGCUAAUUCCACCGGCAGCCCUACACCCACCAUCUCAGCGCCGUCUACUCCACCAGCACCAACCCAGACUGGUACCCCUGCUAACUGCAAUGCCUUCUACAUUGCUAAGGCUGAUAAUGAUUGUGGGACUGUUGCAGCCAAGUUUGGUAUCACAAAGAGCCAAUUCUAUAGAUGGAACCUAGCUAUUUCAUCGGAUUGUUCAAGUGGAUUCUGGGCCGAGGAGGCGUACUGUGUGGGUGUAUUCGGUACUUCCAGUACACCAAUCACAAGCAUAUCCGCGAGCACACCUACGUCUACCUCAGCGUCUACAUUGGUAGUGCCUCCUGCUCCAACGCAAUCAGGUAUUCCUGCAAAUUGCGAUGCAUGUUACGUUGCUCAGGUUAUGCUCUUCGACGUUCAACCGUAA